GAGCUUAUAACCCAGUUACAAACCCCUCCGCCAUUCAGCCAGACUCCCUACUCGACAGAACCGAGUCGCUAAAAAAAAAAAAACCCAAAAAACAAACACCUUUAAGCUUUUGUUUUUCUUCCCACCUUCCUUCGUUUCUCCAUCAGUUUGCAUACUCCCCGCAACGCAGCAGCGACAACAUGCGUGAGAUUGUGCAUCUUCAGGCCGGGCAGUGCGGGAACCAGAUUGGAGCGAAGUUCUGGGAGGUGAUCAGUGAUGAGCAUGGAAUUGAUCCGACUGGAACCUACCAUGGGGACAGCGAUCUGCAGCUGGAUAGGAUCAACGUCUACUACAAUGAGGCUUCAGGUGGAAAGUACGUGCCAAGGGCCAUCUUAGUAGAUCUGGAGCCUGGCACGAUGGACUCUGUUCGCUCUGGCCCUUUCGGACAGAUCUUCAGGCCAGACAACUUUGUCUUUGGCCAGAGUGGAGCAGGUAACAACUGGGCAAAGGGCCACUACACAGAGGGAGCUGAGUUGGUGGACUCAGUCAUGGACGUUGUGAGGAAGGAGGCCGAGAGCUGCGACUGCCUUCAGGGCUUCCAGCUCACACACUCCCUGGGUGGGGGUACCGGCUCCGGCAUGGGAACCCUGCUCAUCAGCAAAAUUCGGGAGGAGUACCCCGACCGUAUCAUGAACACCUUCAGUGUGGUGCCUUCUCCCAAGGUGUCAGACACUGUGGUGGAGCCCUACAACGCUACCCUGUCUGUGCACCAGCUGGUUGAGAACACUGAUGAGACCUACUGCAUUGACAACGAGGCCCUGUACGACAUCUGCUUCCGCACCCUCAAACUCACCACACCCACUUACGGAGACCUCAACCAUCUGGUCUCUGCCACCAUGAGCGGGGUGACGACUUGCCUGCGGUUCCCCGGCCAGCUCAACGCCGACCUCCGCAAACUAGCGGUCAACAUGGUACCCUUCCCUCGUCUGCACUUCUUCAUGCCCGGCUUCGCUCCACUCACCAGCAGGGGCAGCCAGCAGUACAGAGCUCUUUCCGUGCCCGAACUCACUCAGCAGAUGUUCGACGCCAAGAACAUGAUGGCAGCUUGCGACCCCCGCCACGGCCGCUACCUGACCGUGGCCGCCGUCUUCCGAGGGCGCAUGUCCAUGAAGGAAGUGGACGAGCAGAUGCUGAACGUGCAGAACAAAAACAGCAGCUACUUCGUGGAGUGGAUCCCCAACAACGUCAAGACAGCCGUGUGCGACAUCCCACCCCGCGGGCUCAAGAUGGCCGCCACCUUCAUCGGCAACAGCACGGCCAUCCAGGAGCUGUUCAAGCGCAUCUCCGAGCAGUUCACCGCCAUGUUCCGGCGCAAGGCCUUCCUCCACUGGUACACCGGAGAGGGCAUGGAUGAGAUGGAGUUCACUGAGGCGGAGAGCAACAUGAACGACUUGGUGUCCGAGUACCAGCAAUACCAGGACGCCACAGCCGAGGAGGGAGAGUUCGAGGAGGAAGGAGAGGAGGAAGUCGCCUAAGGCUAACAGUCACUCAUAUUUCUUAUUGGCACUCAUCCAUCCGUUUAGCCAAGUCCUACUCUGAUCUUUUCUUUUAGUUUUUACUUUUCCUUCCUGUCUUGUCCUUUCCCUGCUCUCUUAUUCAUGUCAUCUGUUCCCUGCCUCUUCUGUUUCUAGUCCUCACCUUUUUUCUUCUUCUGGCAGAGUAGGAUUCACACACUAAGAACAUAGCUGACCUUUGUAGCGGUAACAAAGGCUGCAUUCACACAGCAGGUCGUGAUGCUCAAUUCUGAUUUUUUUGCUGAAAUACAAAUUUUUUUGUGCGGCUGUUCAUACUAAUUAAAUGCGAUGGCACAAUGUGAACGUGUAUGACCCCAAAGCGAGCCCAUUGCUCAGAAAAACGCUGACGUCAUGCAGCAGCGCACUCUUUACUGAAGUAAUAGUGUAUUUAUCGAUCUUAAGGCUUAUUCAGUAAUAGGAAUCAACAGUAUCAUAACAAGAUACCAAUAAAAAGAAAGUGCAACUAACAGCGAUGGCCUUUGGUGGAUCAUCGAUUGCAAAGUCUGUAGCGAAGUCUGUUUGGAUGUUGAGUCAGAGCCAGGAGUGGUGGGAUUGUGAUGUGUUUUCUUGAUACAAACUUAUGUCAUAAUCAUUAUUUUCAGCCAUUGUUUGCAUCUAGUGCAGAGUUAUGACACAGGUCUCACAUCAAUGAUGUAAAUGUAGGAUUAAAUGCGACAUGACUGUUCAGACUGCAAAUCCUUUGAAACAAUCGGACACAUAUGGAGGUGGCGCAGAUUGGCUUUUUUGAGGAAUUGGGCCGUUGAGACAGCUGUGAAAAAGUCGGACAUUGAGUCGCACAUGGGUGAAAAACUGCGGAUUUGGGUCACAUUUGCCUGCUGUGUGAACUUAGCCAAAGACGUGUGCAAGUGAUUUUUUGUCAUUAGCAUUUUGUUCAUUGUCAUUAUCGCCAGAUAAUCUUUCACACUGGGCGCAGUUUGAUCACUUGUCUGAUUUGACAUUGGUUGAAAUAAAUAUAUUAUUAAACAAG